GUUGGGCGUUACAAUGACCUCAAAACAAGUAAAAACGUUACAUUUAGUUUGAAUUAAACACAAUAAUUGAACAGCAGGAGACGUUAACUUUGUAUAGUAGUAGAUACAUCAUGUGAAAUUAUACUGAAAGCGUAUACUUUUCCACAAACAGGAGGAAACUUUCUCCCCAGUAUUUCCAUAGUCCCUCCUCUUCUCCUUCUCGGGGUUUCUUUCUUGAAACCAUGGCGCUGCUGCAGGCUGAUCAUCUCACUGUAUACGUGGCGUUUCAUUUUGUUUUAAUAACAUUACUUAGUUUCACCUCAGCGACCCCGGGUAGAGGCAGCGCUAAUGUGUUGUCCCUGCCGCAGCCGUACGACUUCUUGUAUUACACCGGGGUACGGUCGUAUUUCGGUGAGGAGUGGGUGAAGGCAGCGGAGCUUCUGGAGAAAGCCAUCCUGACCAAGGAGUCCCUUUCCCGGGUACGCAGGCAGUGUCAUGAGGAGUGUGUGGAGGCAGGGAGAGAAGCGUUCAACAGACUGGACUCUGAGAAGGGGAGUCUGCAUGAUCUGUGGACCUUGGACUGGGUUCAGCAGAGAGCUGAAUGUCUGCGGUUCUGUGUCGGACGCUCGGUGUCACCUACAGCACAACUUCCUGUUUCUACCGACAUAGAUUAUGAAUUUGGAUCUCGUAACCCCUACAACUUCCUGCAGGUCACUUACUACAAGUUGGAAAAGUUACAGAAGGCGGCGUCUGCAGCUCAUACCUAUUUUGUGGCAAACCCCAGUCACUUGGAGAUGAGGAACAACAUAGAGAAGUACAGACGGAUGGAGGGAGUGACGGAGGAGGCCUUCCAGGACAGAGAGCUGGAGAAUGAGAAUCAUUGGGUCCUGUAUGAUUCUGCAGUUCAGUAUGAGGCCUCCUCUGACUGGCUGAAAGCUGCAGAGAAAUGGAAAGAGUGUGUGAAUGAAACGCUGCGGCAGACAGACGAGUGCCGGCUGCAGUGUGAGAUGGCCUCCCAACGACUGCCAGAGGACAGGGGGGUGGACGGUAGUAAGAGCGUUUAUGAGCAGGCUGCAGAUCUUUCCCUCUCCCUGCUCUCGUGCCGGCAGUCCUGUGUGACUCAGGUCGCCACGAGACCCGGGAGGAUUUCUUCUCAGGAGGACUUCCUGCCCACACAGCUGGAGCAUCGGCACAUCGCACAGUUUAAAGCUGGUGAUGUUGGUGGAGCCGUGCAGACGCUGCGCUCUCUGCUCCUCUUCUACCCCUCCGACCAUGACUCCUUAGACAACCUGCAGCUCUACUCUGAGACACUAGGAGGAGACACAGAGUCACAUGGCACUCAGCCUGCUCAGGAGAUUGUCGGAUACAUUAAUCGUGCUUUAGAUGAGAAGAAGCUUCUGUAUUUCGGCAUGGAGAACCUUGACUUCAGUUUCACAGAUCCAGAUCUUUGGACUCCGGAAGAUGUAGUGCCUGAAUCACUGAGGGAUAAUUGGAGAGCUGUAAAAGAGAAAAUAAAUGUGAAAAUGGAAGAGGGAGAGAAGAAGGAGGAGGUGGAUGACAGUGGAUUCUAUGCAGGGGGUCCGGUUCCUCAGGUGGGCGUGACCAUCACCAUGGACGACACGGUUUUAAACGGGACGAAUCGCGUAGUUCUGGACGACGUCAUGACUGAGAAGGAGUGUGAAAAGAUACUGCAGCUAGCAACAGCUGCAGCAUCUGCCGGAGAUGGUUACCGGGGGCGACGAUCUCCGCACACGCCUCACGAGACGUUCGAGGGUCUGACCGUCCUCAGGGCUGUGAAGUUGGCUCAGGAUGAUAUGGUGAACCAGACAGACGCCCGGCUGUUUUACGAGCUGGGAGAGAGAGUGAAGGUCCUGCUGCACUCGUACUUCAGGAGCCCCUCCAUCCUCUACACCUCCUUCACACACCUGGUCUGCCGCAGCGCUAUCGCAGGUGAUCAGGAGGGCAGGCUGGACCUGUCUCAUCCUGUCCACGUCGACAACUGUCUGCUUGAGCCGGAGACCAAUCAGUGCUGGAGAGAACCGCCGGCAUUCAUACACAGAGACCUCAGUGCCCUUCUCUACCUGAAUGACAACUUUGAUGGAGGAGACUUGUUCUUCACUAAAAGGGACGCAAAGACAGUAACAGCUCGAGUGAAGCCCAGCUGUGGACGACUGGUGGGCUUCUCCUCGGGUCCCAUAAACCCUCACGGUGUUUCAGCGGUGACCCGCGGCCGGCGGUGUGCGCUGGCGCUGUGGUUCACCAAAGAGAAGCUGUACAGAGACAUGGAGCGAGAGGAGGCCGCGGCCAUGUGGGCUGCAGGUGGACAGAGUGUGGUGAAAAAUGAGGAAGAGGAGAAGGAGGGCGGCGCCUCGCCCGUGAGGAACGCUCGCAGCCAGGCCUCGCGUCAAGGGAGAGGAAGGGUGACGGGGGCGAGAGACGAGCUGUGAGAGGCACAACAAACCACAGACUGACCCUCAGACACUGAAACACACUUUCAUUUCUGCAUCCACUUCAAUAGACCAGCCCAUCACACCAUCCAUCACUUCAAGUUUCAAGACUUUUAUUGUCAUGUGUACAUAGCUACAGUGUAGUUAUGACAAUGACAAUCUUAGGUCACAGGCUCCUCCAACAGUGCAACACAAUAAAACAGAUAAUAGUGCAAGUAAAUACAAUAAAAUAGA